CCAUGGAACGAUGUUUUUGUAGUUAAUAGUAAUUUCCUAAUAACAUUUUACCGGCUGAAAUUCUCAACUGCAAUUGCAGCGCCAUACCCGCCGAUUGGGCGGUAUUAAGAACGCUCCAGCCAAUCAAAACCAACUCGUGGAAUUCGUCAAAAUAAAACAACAUGGCCGUUAUUCCGCACAACGGGUAGGGAUGAGUUCGUGAAAUUUGUACCGUGCCUGAAAGUUACCAUUGAUUUUCAGUGUUGACAUGAUCAUUGUAUUGUUUCAUGUGCUUUAUCUGCUUGGCAAGUGCAUAUAUCAAAAUUACAGAGUCAAGAAACAAGAAGCUAGGGACGAUAGCAUCGACGAUAAUAUGGGCGAUAAUAUCGGCGAUAACUUCGACGAUAUCAUCGAUGAUAACAUCGACGAUAACAUCGAUGAUAACUUCGACGAUAAUUUCGACGAUAACACAGACGAUAAUACAUGUAGCGUAUGCAGCUUAGACAGAAAAGUAAAAUUCGAAUAUCCGCGACAUUAUAUGAGAUUCAGUCCGCCGGCAUAUGUGCAGAGAUAUGAUGCGGCUUAUCAUGUAUUAGCCGACUUCAAGUACAAGGCAAAAUUACGCAAGAUUGCUGAUUUUGGCUCCCAUGAACUUGGUUUUCUGCGGUUAAUAAAAUAUAUAUAUUUCGUGGAAGAAAUUUUACUUGUAGAUAUUGAUAGAGAUGUAUUGGAAAAUUAUAAGGAUAGAGCUUCACCCUUAAUUUCAGAAUAUAUAGAGACUAGGGAUGUUCCAUUGACAAUUGAAUUAAUCGAGGGCAAUGUGAUUCAUAAUGACGAAAAACUACAAAAUACUGAUGCUGUAACUUGCUUAGAAUUGAUCGAACAUUUGGAUGAGGACACUCUGAAUGCAUUUCCUACUAAUAUUUUUGGGUACAUUAAGCCGAGAGUAGUAGUGAUAACAACCCCAAAUGCAGACUUCAAUGUAUUAUUUCCAAAUUUCUCUGGAUUCAGACAUUGGAGUCACAAAUUUGAAUGGACUAGGCAACAGUUUCAAGAAUGGGGAAAGAAUAUUACUAUGCAAUAUCCAGCCUAUAAUGUAACCUUUCGAGAUAUUUGCUAUGGGCCAGAGGGCACGGAACAUUUAGGGGGUGUCUCACAGAUGGCAGUAUUUGAUUGCGUGGACCUUGAUUACCGAAAUACUCGUACUCCAGGCGUACCAGGUUUAUUUAAACCUAUAGUUCUGUACGAAUAUCCAAGGACCAUAGACAAUCGUUCGGACGAAGCAAAGAUUCUCGAUGCGGCAACGUAUUACAUUCGACAUUUAUCCUUUAGAAAUAAAGAUAUGGAAUCUGAAGUGCCACUGCACGCACUAAUACGCAGUAUGGUUUCAUUUGAUGUAUCGGAAGAAACAUUGCAAACAGUUUUAGGAGAUGCCGGUUGGACGGUUGAACCACGUGAUUAUGGGUUGGUUGUAUUGGUACCGCGGGAAAACAUUUUUGAUCUGAAUCUAGGACGGACAGAGACAGGAUCACGCUGGUAUUCUGAAUCACCUCAUGUGACUCAAGGCGACGAAGACGACUGGGAACUUAAUUUUGCGCCACCUGAAGAUUCGGUUAGAUAUUUGGAAGAAGAAGAAGAUUGGGGAAAUCCAAACUGGGACCAAGAACCAAGCAUCGUGAUCCCACAAAAUAAUUCUCUUCUCGAGAACAAUACAUAUCUUUUCGAUGGAGAAAACGAAGUAUCAGAUGGUGUCUUUAAAAGAAAAGGUUCUACGUCUUCAGAGAAGUACGAUGAGACUGGUACGAAAGAAAACUUAAAUCCAUGUCUCCCUCUUCUUAGUAACAUUGACUGUAUUAGCACAGAUCAUUUGAAUGAUUCGUUCGAUCAAAACGUUCCGGUAGAUUUCAACGAUUCGUUCGAUCAAAACGAUCAGACAGAUUUCAACGAUUCGUUCGAUCAAAACGAUCAGACAGAUUUCAACGAUUCGUUCGAUCAAAACGUUCCGGCAGAUUUCAACAAAUCCGUGGUAUUGUCGGACUCUUCUAACUUCGUACGUUCUUCAGGCGCGCGAGUUGGUUCUGUAGUGGAAACCGCUGAACUGCUCAAUCACAUGUUAGAUUUUCCAGUGAACUUGUCCACAUCCCGCGCAUCCACUUCACCUGACCCGUACCUCCUCCGAACUGUGGAAAUGGAUCAGCAAUUCAAACACAAUAGUGUAUGUAACGAUAGCAUAAGCGAUUAUUCGACAUUGAAUAAUACGUUUGACCAAAGAAACUUAUGUAAGGGCAAUGAGUCACCGUCGAAUAAUGGCACGGACGAUUGCAAUGACUUGCAUAGCACAUAUUUAAAUACGUUGCACAAAGAAAGCGAACGUUCCGAAGUGAGUAGUUCCGAAAUUGUUAGUAGUACAAACACGAAUACAAUUCAAAACGAUGAUGCCUCGAAGCGGGGUCAGUCAUACUUGAACACCAGUACAUCUCUCGUCAGUAGUUCGGCAAUCAAUAAUCAACCGCAGUUCACUAGUUCACCGAAACAGGACACGAAAGUAAACACUACGUGUAGAAAUCGAAAAUCCAUGAAUCUUUGCGAGCAACCAAGCAGUAGCCAUUUGUCUAGCACAAUAAAGCAACUUCAGUUAAUAGGACUCGAAAGCAAUAAUCAAUCCGUAAACAAUGUUAAGACGUUAUUAAUCGACGACAACAAGAUCGAGCAAAGCAGUUCGUUGAUAUCUACACUUAAUGACAAUAGCCAGCUGACGAAGGGAUCACAUGUAACAGUUCCUUUGAUUAGUGAUACAAGCGUGAAUGACGCGCAAAUGUUAACUUGUGAUAAGAGAUCUCAAUUAACCGACUUGAAAUUAAUUACGCCAGAAACUAGCGUCAGAUUCGCUGACAAGGAAGACGGAAGAAACGUUGAGUCUCGGGGAAAUAUAAAUAAUACCGAAAUUUCUCGUCAUCAUGCCAAAGAUAUUACAGGUUUAAAUAAUUUAUCCUUGGUAUCGAAUAAAGAUGCAAGGAGUGUUCAAUCUGUAUCAGUAUUAAAAAACGAGAAACAUGAUGAAUGCACCGUGGAAUACAGCAAAGACAUGAACACAGUUGCCGCGGAAGUUGUAAAUAGCACAGGAGCUAAACCUUCUUCACCGGAAAUCACGGAAACGCCGCCAAACAGUUCGUCCCCGGAAGUGAUGGAUUCUGGCUACCCGAACUCUGCUUCUGCCCCAGACAUGUCUCCAGAAUUUGAACUGUCCAGUAUAGCGCAAGAUCGUAUAUCUGAUUCUGAACCACCCAGCAUAGCAGAAGCACCCAAAUUAGCAGUUCACGAGGUGGUAGAAGUUGAAAAUGGCGAUUUGGCGAACAACAAUAGAGACGGAGAGGGUAACAACAUGAUGGCCGCUCAGUUGAAUGAACUGAAUGACCUGCAACCCUUGAUCGACGUACUCGAAAAUGAUCUGGAAAAUGAAAAUGAUAUUUAUGUGCUGGAGAACGAUUUCCCUAUGUGGUUGCUCAGAAUAUUGGACAUGGCCAACCCCAUUGAUGUUGAAAUGCGGAUAAGAGAUCGUAGAGAACUGAGAUUCCCGGAUAGAGCAGGUAGGGAUAACAGGUACGUGAACAUAGAGCACGACGAAGGUUUCAAUAGUAGUUCUGAGGAUAGCAGUGAUUUGGAGAAUCACGAGAUGGCCGAGGAGGAUAACAGUGAUGAAAACGAAAAUGCGGCAAUUGAUAACGAGAACGUGUCGCGCAGUGGCAGUGGAAAGUAAUAGACGGAAAGCCGGUAAUACAUGAUACUAUUGAUAUAAUUUUUACUUAAAACGAUUCCGCAUAUACCCUUCGAUACGUUUCACGAGUCUGCAGAUGGAAGUGGCGAAGGUAAUUAUUUUUUUGAACAGUAUUUAUCAUGUUUCGUUUUAUACGUUGAUUUAUACUCCAAGGUCCAAGGGGCCUUUUUCUAUUUUUAAAAUAAGUUAUUUCAGAGAAGCCGCACGGGAAAAUAUCUUCGAACAAUAUUGCGAAUAAUUUUAAGCGUUUUUGUUGAGAAACCAUGUUCCUUUUUUUUAAGUUAUACAACAGAAACGAAGUUGUUUCCUUUUUACUGUUAUUUGUUCGGUUUUCUCGUUGCGGUUGUCUUUGCAACUGUUCUGUUGCGUUAGUCUCUUUAGUGAGCGUAGAGCUAUAAGAUAUGUAUUUAUAUAAUUAAUAAGGUCUGCUUGUUACCAUGAACAAUUAAGGCGUCUAAUUUGAGAAAAAUGUAUGCAUAUAUUUUCGUACGAUUUUCAAGAUCUCCACGUCAUCUCUUUUAAAUUUACAGUAUCAUAAGAUUUGUAGCGCGCUAUUUGAUCUAUGUUACGGUUUGCGGAAGUUUUAUUUAUAUGUUGCAUUUUGUUCCCCCCGCUCUUUCUUACAUACGUGAUUAUAACCAAAGUGAUAAAUUGUGGACAAGGUCCGCACCGUACGUUUGAGAUCUAUCUAAGACUGAAACUCUGCAUAUCUUUUCGUUUUCAUGAUACUACAUAAUUUGAACAAAUAAAACAAAAUGAAUGGAAUAAACGUAUCUCCUAAAAGGUCUCUGUACUCACUGCCCUGAAUAUCAUUUCCGCCCCACAGGUAUUUCACUGAACAUCGAGAGAUAGACAGAUACGGUUUGUUUGUUUAUUUCAAUAAUAGUGGAAUGACAU